UAAUUUCUUUAACAAAACAUAGAUAGAAACACAUAUAAAUAUGCCAAAUUAGAUGGCCUGUUUGCCACGCUAACUUAUCCAUCAAGCUAAGGUCAUUUCUGCAAACAUAUUACAGCAUUUUGAUGUUAGAGUUUAUCGGAAACAGUCUCUCUACAUGUGCAAGAUAGGGGUAAGGUCUACGCACACGCUACCCUCCGUCCGUAGACCCCACUUGUGGGAUUACACUAGAGGAAAGUGCAGUGAGCAAGGAAACCUUUAGGAGAACUCCAUGAAGAAAUAUCACUAUAUACUACCUUUUCUAUUUAUUGGCUUUGUUGUGUCACCGAUCUUACUUGUGAGCAAUCGUAAGCCGGAGGAGAUUAGCUUCCAAGAGUUCAGAAACAAGCUACUUGAACCGGGCCAUGUUGAUCGAAUUGUUGUUGCUGACAAAGAUGUAGCCAAAGUUUAUGUAAGGAGCUCCUUACCUUUUAACAAUCAAACUGGUGAUGACACAGUUCAAGGUCCUACAAGUGAUAGAAGAAAUAUGAGCCACUAUAAGUACUAUUUUUACAUUGGGAGUGUUGAUUCAUUUGAGGAGAAUCUCAAGGAAGCACAAGAAGACUUGAGAAUAGACCGUCACAAUUAUGUCCCUGUUGUAUAUGCCGAUGAGUUGGAUUGGUCUCAAGUAAUGCUGAAGUUUGCAUCAGUAUUCAAUCUAGCUAUCAUUUGUUAUAUGGGAUGGAGACUGCAGGGUGGAAAAGGUGGUUUUGGAAUAUUUAGCUUUGGUAAAGCGCAUUUCAUGAAGAUGGACAAAAAUUCAAAGAAUAAGGUCUAUUUCAAGGAUGUGGCUGGAUGCGACGAGGCCAAGCAAGAAAUCAUGGAGUUUGUUCACUUCCUGAAGAAUCCCAAGAAAUAUGAGGAGUUAGGAGCCAAAAUUCCUAAGGGUGCUCUUCUAGUGGGUCCUCCUGGGACUGGAAAGACACUCCUAGCUAAAGCUACUGCAGGAGAGUCUGGUGUACCUUUUCUCUCUAUUUCCGGGUCAGAAUUUAUGCAGAUGUUUGUUGGUGUUGGGCCAGCCAGAGUUAGGAGCUUAUUUCGGGAGGCAAGACGAUGUGCACCUAGUAUAAUUUUCAUCGACGAGAUUGAUGCAAUAGGUGGUGAAAGAGGGAGGGGACGCUAUUCUCGAGGCGAGGAACGUGAAAAUACUUUAAAUCAACUGCUUGUAGAAAUGGAUGGAUUCGCAACCACAUCUGGUGUAGUUGUACUUGCUGGAACAAAUAGACUUGAUAUAUUAGACAAAGCCUUGUUAAGGCCUGGUCGAUUUGACCGCCAGAUAACCAUUGACAAACCAGACAUAAAAGGUCGUGAACAGAUUUUCAAAAUCUAUUUGAACAAGUUGAAAAUUGAUCAAGAGGCAGCAUUCUAUUCAGAGAGGCUUUCUGCUCUAACACCGGGAUUUGCUGGAGCAGACAUUGCAAAUGUUUGUAAUGAAGCUGCUUUGGUUGCUGCGAGGAGUGAGAGUACCAAAAUCAAAAUGCAACAUUUUGAGGCGGCAAUAGACAGGGUGAUUGGUGGUCUGGAGAAGAAGAACAAGGUCAUAAGCAAGCUGGAAAGGAGGACAAUUGCCUAUCAUGAAUCUGGCCAUGCUGUUGCUGGUUGGUUCUUGGAACAUGCAGAACCAUUACUUAAAGUGACAAUUAUUCCUCGUGGUACAGCAGCACUAGGAUUUGCUCAAUAUGUUCACAAUGAAAAUCUUUUAAUGACCAAGGAGCAGCUAUUUGAUAUGACAUGUAUGGCUCUUGGUGGCCGAGCUGCUGAGCAGGUUUUGAUUGGAAAAAUCUCAACCGGAGCUCAAAAUGAUUUGGAGAAAGUGACCAAGAUGACAUACGCCCAGGUAGCAGUCUACGGUUUCAGUGACAAAGUUGGUCUUCUUUCUUUUCCUCAAAGAGAAGAUACAUCUGAGACAUCAAAGCCCUACAGUAGCAAGACUGCAGCACUUAUUGAUGAUGAAGUUAGAGAAUGGGUAGCCAAGGCAUAUGAUCAUACUCUACAGCUUAUAGAGGAACACAGAGAACAUGUAGCUCACAUUGCAGAAUUGCUACUUGAAAAGGAGGUCCUUCAUCAAGAAGAUCUUGUCCAGGUAUUGGGUGAACGCCCGUUUGAGAGUAGUGAGCCCGCAAACUAUUACAGGUUCAAGCAAGGAUUCAAAGAAGAGAACGAAGAAACUAAAGAUAUCCCUAUGGAAUCAGAGGUUAUCCCAGUCAGUGCUGUCAAAGGCGAAAAAGCGCAAGAAAAGAUAGAAAAAGGCACGAGGUACGUUGGGGCUUUAAGCGUAAAGCGGAAAUGUGCAAUUAAAGGAUGGGUUCUAGUAAAGAAAGGUACAAUGAAGAAGAAAAUUAUAUGAACAAAAUAAUAGAAAAAACUACAACCAAAUGUAAUACUAUAUGAAGUAAAAAGCAGAUAUAGGAAUAGUUAUAUCUUGUAAAUUUUUGCGAUGGUCUUUUAAUUUUUGCGGUUUGAUUAUUGUGUCA